AGAGACGGGCGCUUAAUCACCCUUGCUGCAGUGUAUGUGUGUGAGAGUGUGUGAGUGUGUGAAGCCACUCAGGUCUUGCAUCUGGACCAGGGUGAUCCCCUCUCUCUCAAACACAGCUCUCCUGGGGCACGGAGCGGACUCACAGCGGACAUCCUCCCACAAUAACCGGCUCUGUAUCAGCUUCUGGCUGCUCACCUCACCGGAUCGUCCCCGGUGCCGACCCGUACCGGUUGCUUCUCGAUUGUAUCAACUGAACCACUCACACACACUACACAGGAGAGAAAGAGAAGAGGUAGAUGUAGAGAUGCGGUCGUGUUUCACUUUCUUUGCUUCAAGGGACUCGUUUAUCUCUCCCAUCUUCUGCUCGGAUCUUUGUUUGCGGACGGUUCAUGCUGCGGCUGCUGACCAUGGCCUGAUGCUGAAAUCCCUGCAUUCAUGAGACGGCAACAGGAAGCAGAUUAACUGAGGGAUUAAACACACGCACGUACACACACACACACACACACACACAAACACACACAGAGGAGCACAGGGCCAGGAUUUGUCCGCUGUCCAACUGUGGACCUCACUCUGAAUGAACUCGUCAGACUGACUGAUUGAGACUCUCUCCCUGAUAUCAUGGAAGAAGAGGAGGAGCCUACAGCCUCAUUGAAUUUAAACUCACAUAACCCCACCUCCUCCUCUUCCUCAUCUCCUGGUUUGCAAUCGAAGGCUUUGACUGGUCGAUGAGGAUUACAGUCUUAUGACAAACACAGCUGAGCGUGCAGAAAAUGAGAGAGGGGAGCGCAGAGCCCAGCACCCUCCUGCCUGCUGCUGCUGCUGUCCCAUGAUGCAUCUACACAUGUAAGAGCAGGAUCAACCACACAGAUGGCUGUUUCUAUGGAUACCCCUGCCCUGGGUAGUAUUAAUAAGACUCACUGAUAUUCUGACUGUCUUUGAGUGAAGAAGAUACAGUGAAAGAUCAGAGCAUUCCUGCUGCAGCUGAAUACAGCCUUAAAAUCAUCAAUGGAUCAGAGAGAGAUAUCAUCAUGUGUAGUGUAAAAAAGAGUAGUUUUAGGAAAAAGAUCUGCUGUUUUGAAAUGUAAUAGACGAAUCACUUAAAACUGCAGCAACAAGAUCACAGACUAAACCAAUUUGUAUGUUUUUAAGUUGCUUGUUACUUAGACAGUCCAUGUCCCAAACACCUCAGAUGUUGUGUUCAGGAGCACAUUAACUUCUGCUGGUUCAGUGUAAGGAUGAUUCAAUCAAGAUCUGCCCACACAGAAACAGAAGAGGAGGAAAAGAUGAUGCACAAAGAAACUUCUUAUGCCUGAAGGAAAUAAUUCCUUCUCUAACCUGCCAGCAGUACUGAGCACAGUUUGAAAUUCUGGACCCAAGUUCUGCGUAAAAUAAUCUAUACCUGAACUUUUCAAAGGCUCCAAAAACUGCCAACAACUUUCAGUAGUUGUUAUAUUGAAUUUAGGUCUACAUAACAAUAGAAAUAUUCAUGCACCAGCUACAUAGAGAAAAACAGGCCUCUAUCUAAGGUUCUACUCAUACCAGCAUAAUUUAGAAAGAACCCCAAAACUAGAUAUUUUAGGGAUCCAUCAAGCUUGAGGAAUCUAUUUACAUUUCUCCAGAGAGAUCUUCCAUGGCCAGACACAACGCCCCCUUCUUCCCCCAUGGCUUCGACCUGGGUGGCCACUUUGUUGAUCUCCAACCUCUCGGCAUGGGAGUCACAGGCCUUGUGCUCUCAGCCUUGGACCAGCGCACCGGGCAACGAGUGGCAAUUAAAAAGCUAGUGAUGCGUGAUGCCGUGACAGUAAAACACGCCCUGCGGGAGGUUAAAAUAACUCGGCGACUGCACCAUGAAAACGUGGUGAGGGUACAUGAGGUAUUGGCACCAUACGGACGACCCCUGCCCAGAGACCCGACCCAGCUGAGUGCCUUGUACAUCGUCCAGGAGUGCAUGGAGACUGACCUGGCUCGACUGCUGGAACAAGGACCACUACAAGCAGGUCAUGCCACUCUGCUGUUCUACCAGCUGCUGCGGGGACUAAAGUUCAUCCACUCAGCCAACGUCCUGCACAGAGACCUGAAGCCCGCCAACAUAUUUAUUAACACUGAACAACUGCUGCUCAAGAUCGGGGACUUCGGUCUGGCCAGGAUAGUUGACCCUCACUAUUCUCAUAAGGGUUAUCUGUCCGAGGGUCUGGUAACUAAGUGGUACUGUUCCCCUCGUCUGCUCCUGUCCCCCAACAACUACACCAAGGCUAUAGACAUGUGGGCUGCUGGCUGCAUACUGGCUGAGAUGCUCACUGGACACAUGCUGUUUGCAGGAGCCCAUGAGCUGGAGCAGAUGCAGCUGAUUCUGAACACGGUGCCUGUGCUGAGAGACGAGGACAGACAAGACCUGCUACAGGUGAUGCCUUCAUACGUCAGUCAUGGAUGGAGAGUCAAGAAACCCUUUUCUGAGUUGCUACCUGAAGUGGAGGCUCAGGCUGUUGACUUCCUGGAGCGCAUCUUGACCUUUAACCCCAUGGACCGCCUCACAGCUGAAGCAGCAUUGUCCCAUCCCUUCCUCCUGCAGUACUCCUGUCCGGAAGAUGAGCCCACCUCAUCGCACCCUUUCCGCAUCGAGGACGAGCUGGAGGACAGCCUCGUCACAGAGCAGAGCCUGAGCAACAGCAACAGUCAGGCCUCCAGCAUCCACUGGGAGAGGUAUGAGAACAGUUUAUCAACAGACGUGUCCUGGCAGCAGUCCAGCGGGAGGUGUCGCUGCAUGCCUCCUGACCGUGUCACCUCUGACCUGGGAGACACCACAGAGGAGGAGGAGGUGCAAAGAGACCCUCGAGCCACCUCCACCUCACAGUUAGAGGAAGCCCAGGUCGAUCCACGCAAAUAUUCCCACAGCAGCUCAGCUGAGCGCUUCCUGGAAAACUCUCACUCCUCUCUGGAUCGGGCCUGUGGUUUGGGUUACGGGGAUCUGGACUGUGGCCGCUCCUGUGACUACAAAGUGGGCUCUCCAUCCUAUCUGGAUAAAAUUGCCUGGAGGGAAGGCAAGCCUCAGCACUACUCCGAGCCAAAGCUGAUCCUGGAUCUGUCUCACUGGAAGCGUAACACUAACAGCCUGCCUGUGCCUGUUGGGCCUAUUGGUGGCAGCAUGGAGGACCUGGGAGAGAUGAACGGAGAGGAAGCAGAGCGUGAGGAAGAGGAGGAAACAGGGGAUUUGUUCCAGGAGAUUUCUCGCUGGGUGAAAAGCACCCAAAAUCGUCUGCACUCCCCCAUACCCAGUCCUUCAUUGGAGCAAAACUCACCCUCCUGCUUCACCUCCUCUCCCCCUCUUCCUCUCUCCCCAACUGACCUCCCAACUCCUGUUUUCCACUACACUGAAGUCCUGCGGCAGCCAUCAGCUGAAUUUGAUGAAGCUCUAAGCCCGCUUCCAUCGGUAUUGUCCUCCUCUCUUCCCAUACUUCUCCCCUCAUCCCCCACUUCUCUCCUUCCUCCUCAGUCACCUCAAACAGCAUCUCCCCCCAUCUCUCCUCUAAUUCCUCCCCCAGAAAUUCAACCCCUAUCCUCGACUUCUUCUAUCACUCAGCCAGUAAACGAUGACUGCUUGGAGUCUCUUCCUGUGAAGCAAAAAGAUCGUCUGUUUGACCUGGAUGUGUUCAUAUCCCGGGCUCUCAAACUGUGCAGGCAGAAUAAAGAAAAAACUGAUGGGAGGAAAGGAAAAGAUGGAGGAUGGAGAGAGGAAAGCAAACAGACAAACAUCAACCGAAAGGUGCCCAGACUCCCAGAGCACAGGACUCAACCACCACCGCAGACACCCAACUCAUGAUGCUGAAUUUCAACUACAGGUCCAUCACAGAGCAGAAUGAAAAUAGGUAGCACCCCUUAAUCCUCUGAGUGGUGUCUGUGGUUAAACACCAGUACGCUGCUUAAACAGUCGACCUCAGUGUUAACAGCAGUUGCCUUUUUGUUACUCAUGCAAUGACACGCCACAUGCUGUGACCCAAACUGGCACUUAGACAAGCAACCCUGCAGCUUUGUCAGGUAAGGCAAUAAGUGGUCAGAAAGCAGUUUGUAUAUUAGGAAAGCAAAGUGCAUAUUAAUGAUUGCAGGGUGUAGUGAGCUGUUGUUUGUCAAGUUAAAGAUGGGUCAAACUUUGACUAGUAAGCAACUUAUUAUGUGACACAAAUAUCAACAAAAAAGCAAGAGGGAACGAUUAAACAGUUAACCAGACCUAUCAAAGCUGUUAACCAUACUCACAUGGUGGCUGUGAUACCAAUGGAAUGAUAGGUGGGAAGCUGAAAUACUAUCAGUGUCACUGCUGUGUUAGGUUGUUGUUUGUAGGUAAUCUAACAAACGUGAUAAUUUAGCAUUUAUAACUGAUCAGCAAGGACAAAGAAUGAACAAUGAAAAUUCUGAGCGACAACUAGCCAUAUUUCAAGUAAAACAACAUCUUUGAAAACCAAAUCAGAAAACAGCUAAUGUUACAUCAGCUCAGUGGUUACACAUUAUGCUAUUUUACAGUGUAGCACUACCACACAUAUUUUAGCUAAGCCACCUCCCAACUAAUGUAACUAUUUUUCUAUGAGUCGCUAACACCACCGUUAGUUGUGGACUAGCAGUAGCUAGCAGGGUUAUCAAAUAUGUUUUUUUAAACUUGAAACACAACACAAUGUCUCUCCAGUUUUCACUGUCGGUUGUCUUUUUAGUUGAUGAUCAGUUGAAAAGCAUUAAAAGGAUGAUUUGGCAGUUAACAUGCAUUUAAAGCAUUAAAGCUUCCCACCAUUAGCAUAAGCUCUGUAGAGAUGGCUGUGUUGGUAUGGACAACUGUGUGCUGGAGAACAGUAACGUACACUGGAGAGGGUGCUCUUGGUUUGAUUGCUUUGAAGAGAUCCUUUGAAGUGUGUCAUUCAAUCAGAUAAUUUUCAGAAAAUCAAGGCUGUAGAAAGUCUUCCAAUGGUGAUAUCCACAAGCUGAUAAAAGCAUAAUAAAAAUGCUUUUUCCAAGCUCCUCUGAAUGUAUUUACCUGAAAUACUCAGUCAAUUCAUGCUACACGGUGACCCACAAGGAUUUUAUUUGUUGCAAUUUCCACACACAGUGACUUAAUAAGCUGUGGCACUGCUACCUGCCUUGUAAACUUGUAUAAACCUGCUGUCCUAUUUAGUUCUACAGUAUAUUUCUCAAGAUUGUGUUAAUGAUAUUCUUGUGUCUAAAAUAUCCCUGUGUUGUUUGUUGGAGCUAGAGCAUAAUAUUAUGUUAAUUUGGAGUGAGUUAUGUUUUGUUUAAACGUGGAAUGCUCUGUUGCAAUAAUUUAUGGUUAUUCUAAAUACUUACAGCUCUAGUUUGAUCACAAAUAGUUUCAUAUCCUGUCUGCCUGCUGCACCAAACCGGCUCAUCCUCUGCUGUGCUCUUACUAAAAACGCACUAUCCUCUUUUUUAUAGGAAAGCAGAGAUCUGUCACCAGUUUGCUCAGUUAAAUGUUAGCCUCAGAAAACUUUUUUGCAAACAUUAGCCUAUAUUUUGGAGAACAAAGAUUCUUGACUGGCUUUAUAGAGAAUGAUUUGUACUUAGAGCACCUCAUUGCUGCUCAAUAACCAUAGUAAUAUAUGGAACAGUUAAAAACCAAAACAUGAAUUUUUAAAUGCUUUUCUAUCCAGUUUGUUGAACAGUAGUCGACCUUCAGAAUGUUGUUUACUCUGGUAUCUGAUGUCCUCCUUUCAAGGUAACUAAAUCAAGUUCGAGUCAGUUAUUAUUUAGCCAGAGAUUCAUGCUGUCAGCUGGGGCUUCAAACUUUGUCACUCAAGGGCAUCUGACAUUCACAUCACAUCUUGAACUAAAAAACUCAUAGGGAGAAUAGGGAAAUGGCAACAAACUAGUCCCAGAGAAAACUCUACACACACAAAAAGAAAAUCCCUGGUUUCAAAGUUUGACCAGAGGCAGUACUGUGCCAGAAGCACAAUAGUAAGAUGCAUUGGUAAACAUGUUUUAUCUCUUUUUUAUUUUGGCUUGACUAACAUUAAGUUGGCUAGCAACAAGUCUUUAAUACUGUCUCAACUUAUUCACUGCAAGUCACGAUCCACACUAAACCUACGCAGAGAUGGUGACAACAGAGGAAGAACUAAUAUCCUCUUGCUUUUAAGGCUCUUUAAAGUUAAUGCUCACUUCAAGCUAGUCAAAAAAUGUCAACUCUAAAUACCGCCUUCACUGUAGACAAUGUACACAGGUUUUAAGCAGAUCAUCACAUGCAAAAAAUGAACAGCUUUAAGUGACAACUGCUGACAAUACAGCAACACCUUGUAUAUUUCUUUAUUCACAAUAGAGUAGAGCACAUUUAGAGUCAGUAGCACAUUUAGAAAUACAGAUUUUCUCAGAUACAACUGAAACUACAACAACAUGGUAACUUACUGUAACUCUGAGGUAAUGACCAUGCCUGGACUUGAGUGACUUGUCAUUAUCUUAUGAUUGAAAUAGAUUAAAGCUCUGCUGCAGUGAAUCAUACUAACAAAGGGGUCUAGCUUUCAACCUCACCAGGACUAAUGAUUACAUUUGUCUUUGCAUUGUUUCCUCUGCCCAUAAUCUUACUAUGCCAGCAAUACCAUUAAUAACAAAAGCGUACCAUAACAAGUGUUGUUCUGAGCACACAUGAAUUCUUAAAGUGUGUGUGAAGCAAUGUGUAAACCGUGCCUCAUGACAACUCGAUGCUUCCAGCUUGCUGAAUGUAACAUAUCCUCUCCCAUCUGCAUGGCUUUCAUGACUAUUUAAAUAACUUAAACUUUGUUGAUUUGGUUAUGUGUCACUUUGUUGAACAGUCAUAUCUCUGUGGGCUCUGAUGUCUUUUGUACACAUGCUGCAAAGAUGCCCCGGCUUUUCAUUUUAGAACAGCUGUGAGGUUUUUAAAUGCUCAAUAUUGAUGAUAGUAUCUCUUUUUGCAGUUUAUGUUUAUGUAUUAAUAAAACAAAACUUUAACUAAUA